GUAUACCUUCUUUAUUAUGUGCUGCCAAGAGCUUCUUGCCUCAUCCACCUCCAGACUGUAUGAGAGUGCAUGUGCGUUUGUUGGUAGAUGUUUCUACUCAUGAGCUUUAUUGCAUUCUGAUUCCUCUCGGACUGGAUGACUAUGCAACUGAGAUGUCUUGUACGUUUUUUGGGAUUUAUUGUCAGCCAGGAAACUUUUUUCCAGAUAGAAUCUUGGACGUGUGUGACCUGAGGAGUGGUUGGGAUGCAGUGAUCAUGUCUGGAUGCAGUAAACACAGAUAUUAUACAGCAUAACCAAGAGCCACAGAGUUGGAAGUAUGAGAACCCACAAGGCCCAAGCCCAUGCUUCAGCCUCAUCAUCCUCUCAGCGUUUGCCGUGCUUCAGUCUGAGGUCCAGGAAGAAUAAAGGAGAUGUAGUCCAGGGUAAAGUGCGCAUCCGCUCCAUGCCGGGGGCCUUCCUGGUGCUGGGGAUGAUAGUGGUGAUUGUUGGCACAACACUGGCAGUGGUGGGGUAUUGGCCAUACCGGGUGCAACGAUCAGCAGUAGGUUCAGUGAGUAAGAGCCCCUCUCAGGGAUCCAAUUGGGGACUUGGAGCCAAAGGGUUGUUCUCAACGGCGAGUCUGAUUCACACUGACAGGAUGAAACUAGUAGGACCUGUAAUCAUGGGAGUGGGACUAUUUAUUCUCAUCUGUGCUAACACAGUACUAUAUGAGAAUCGAGACAAAGAGACUCAAAUUCUGCUGGCUGAGAUGCAGAGUAUGAUGUGCACCAUGUCUACUGUGCCCUCAGCAGACUUCUCCCAAGUAAACUCACUGAUCAGGCAUUACCACUGGGUUGGCAGCCUGCCUUCAGCCCACUUGAACAUCGUGUGCCUAAAAGAACUGGCCUCCUCUGAGCCAUUGCUGCACAAAAGAACCACAAAAGAAGACAGCGUUUCACUUCAGAGAGAAGUGAUUCACACUGAGGUCCUUCAUCAUCAUGAGUCUUUAUUCAUCUCCUCUAUUCAUUUAUCAGAUUCCUGCAACUCCAGCAAAGGAGACAUCAGCACUUACCUGGAUGUAGAAAAGGGAGAGGUUUGUGGCCACCAGCCCCAGCCAGAGAGGCACUGUAACCUCAACAGGUACCUGACUUCGUCCUUUAUGUCUACCCCGGAGAGAGAGGACUGGGAUUUAACAAUGGUCCCUCCAAGGCGCUCCCAUAGUAUGAGUUAUAGAACUAACUCAGAUACAUUGUCUAAGCCCUUAGUACACUUAGAGGAAAGGGCAGUGCAGUAUACAAGUUGCCUUAAACUGUUCCCACAAUCAUACAUCUCUGAGGUAUGUGUGAAUCAGCCAGGGAUUAGCACAAAGACUAUUGGCUUGGAGCUUGUACCUGUGGAGGGUCAGAAGCACCACAGUUGGCCUUGACCUGAUCUUGGAUAUUCUACAACUCAUCUCAAACAAUCCAAUCAUUUGGAACAACUUUUAACUUUUCAGCUAAAAGUCUCAGCCAUUUGCCAAAAUGGAGCAGAUUAUUUUGCUUGUGGAGAAUAAAGACCUGCUGUGGUCAGCACCAUCAUUUUUGCAAUCCAUUAUGGGCUCUAUAAACAGACCUGUUGAACAAACCAACAGUCAAAUGUAUUGGAUAGGAAAUGCAGCACUGUGUCACAAAAGACGACUUGACAAAUAGCCCCGUUUCUUUGUUCAGUCAGACAAUAGCAAAAAGGGACUCCGUUAGUUAUUGCAGCCAAAUAUUUGCUUCUUUCCAGGACUUAUUAAGUAGCAUAGAGCACAGUCUAUGCUGUAUCAGUACUAACCUCCCCAAUAAUGUUUUAGACUGAUAGGUACUUUAAGUCUCUGACCUAGUGAACUACCAUGAGGAUGUGUUUUUGAUAGAGACUCCAAACUUCUGUAAGUUGUUCUAGAUAAGGGUGAAAUGCCAUAAGUGUAAAUGUAUCAGUUUGAAGAUUAUAGAUGAGAUAUAAAAAAGGGCUUUCCAUGGAUUUGUGUGCAGACAUCAAUGCUAAUAAUACCUACAGAACUGUUUAUCUAACCAAAGACAAAGAGGGAUGUUUUGUUCCACUAUAAGGAACAUAUGUUUAUAUGUUUUGGUCCACUAUAAGGUUGUCCAUAAGAAAACUUUAUUAUUUUUUUUCUCUUUUAGAUUUUCAAGGAUUAACAUUUCCAUCUCAUCCAGUACCUUUGAUUGUGGCAUUCAUGACCCAUACUCUUAAAACUACCUACAUUUACAUUACAUUUACAUUUAUUCAUUUAUCAGAUGCUUUUCUCCAAAGCGACUUACAAAUGAGAAACCUCUCAAGAUUACCUCUCUCCCUACUCCACAAGGCAGCAGUAAAAGAACGAUUAUACUGGCUUCGUUAUUAAAGAACACCCUGGAAAGUUUAAUAAAUUGUUAGUAAAUGGUUAGUUCCUCUUUGGUGUCUGUUUUAUUCACACUGUGCAAAUUUUUUUUCCUAUUUAACAAAGAAAAUUUCACAGAUCUGUUAAAAACAUAUAUUUGGAGAGCCUAGUUCAUGAGCUCCGUUUUUGAGGUCACAAAAUAUUCAGUUUAAUAAAAUUGCAUUUGUAUAGUGCUUUUAACCGUAGACAUUUUCAUAAGGCAACGUCAGAGAAAUGCGGCUGUAUGUAUAGAAACCGUAUUACUUGUCUGCAAUGGAUUACUAUAAGGUCAAUCAGUACCGAGUGUGUUUAAAGUAUGGUCAGUAUGAGCAGAUGGUGACUCAGAGUCCUUGAAUAAGAACAGUAAAUCCUUUAUGAUUACAGCUGUUCUUAGCUACAAAUAUCCAGGUGAGAGUAUCCACUGCAGAAAUGGUGAGACAUAGGAAUGAACUGUUUUUGGGAAGUGCAAGCUUUACUAUGUUCAUGUGAAGUCAUCCACAGCAUCAGAGAGUGAUUCACAAGUGCAGACACUUGUGUGUGUGAGAGAGAGAAGGAACAAAUUAUUAGGUAUGCUUUUAUGUUACAGUGGAUUAAAAUGUUUUUACAGCUUUGAACUGAUAUUAGGAUGACAUGGUACUCAGAAACUUUACCCACAGAAGUGGUGUGUUGUGUGCAUUUGACUUAUGAACACUUAUUCUUAUGGUGUAUUUUGUUAAAUGAUAUAAUGUAUUUUGGUAAAUCACUGACAAUAUAACUAAGAAAAAUCAAGACUCAGUACUAAUAAUAAAAUGAGUUUGCAUGCGGCUGGAAUGCAAGCGGCAUCUCCUGCGUAGUUUAUGCACGUCUGGAGGACUGAAAGCGAUAUCUGCUAGACAUCACAUCAGAGUCAAAUGUCCCUGUGCGUCUGGUGUCCAAGUCAAACUGUAAUAAAACUCGCUUAAAACUUUCUGCCGUCAUCGUGAUUGUUGUCCUGAGCUGUGUCUCAAUCGAAAACUCUGAUCUUGCAUUCAAACAUCUUUACUAAUCUAUAAAAUCCAGAAGACCGGUACAUAAAACAGAGCUUUUGAAACAGAGCACAGAGCACAGAGCAUACAGAGCAGGGUUAAUUUAGGGUUAAUUUAAUAAUUAAGGAUUCUUAGCCUCGUCCUUAUUGGAAUGCUUUUCUGAAGGGGAAAUGGGUUCUACAUAGAAUCUUUAAGGGUUCCCUCAGAAGGGCAACUGAAGUUUUUUGUUCUCAAUUUUCAAAGAGUUUUUAGCCGGUUGUUAGCUAUUGGGGUGAUAGGAGAUUGUGCAGCGUUUCUAAAUUGCAUAUUGAUGUAUGAUGCAUGUUCAGGCAGUAAAACUGUAGAUAUAUUCCUAAAGCAGUUGUAUGAGUUUUGUAAGCAUUAAAAACAUUAAUUUAUUAUACUACAUAUAUUACUUUUAACAGGUUAAAAUGUUUAGGGGUACUUUCAGAUUAUCACUGUUAUUGCCUGCAGUAAUGUAGGGAUAUGAGUACAUUUUCCAUCCAGUAGGCAGAGCUUAAUUAAACACUCCUGUGUGCUGGGAGAAGGUCCAAGUCAACUUUGUUUACAAGUCCAUCUCUCUGACUGUUGUUUUGUGUGUUCUGUAUGCUGCUUGUGUGUUUUGAUUGUAGUCUAAACAACAUGUGUUCAUAUGGAUGAUAACUGUGUACCAACCACUGCACUGAAUUUCAUAUCUGUGUUCCAAAUAAAGGCAAAGCAAAAAAAAAAAUAAAUAAAUAAAAUGCUUACAUAUUUUUAUUAUGAAAAGGGCAAAAAGAUAUUUUGCUGGUUGUUACUUGCGCUGUUGGUAAGUGUGUAAAAGGUCAAGCCUAUCUUCACGUCACACUGUGUUGUGUCAGUCACAACAUGACAUGCUCUGGCUAAUAAAAUAUGUCAAUGCA